GAGAUAUCUGAUCGGAGCAGCACCGUACCGUAGCGAUCACAUAGCUCGAGCGGACCCGCUCUACACUGAAAAGCAACUCUCAAGCGUCCUUUUUCAAUUGAUGAAGUGAUUUCAACACUUUCCAACUCAGACUUAGUAAUAACAUGGCCGGCAAAGGAAGCCAAGAAUUUACUCCAGAUGCUGAGCUGUCAGCGAUCUGUAACAAGCUGUGGGAGCUAGAUGAGAACCGACUGGAACCGGGAGUAGACUACGAGAUCGAUCUUCAGCGCUAUACUUACUACGGUAACAAAGGAAAUGUUGAUCAAGCAAGGGAUCCUCUGUUUUCCAGAGUGGAUGAAGGAGUACUACAGAAACCAACCUUUAAAGCUUUUAUCAGCCUUUUGGACAACUAUACAUCCGAGACAGGAGUGUCAGAAGAAGAAACAAGUGAAGAAAUUAAAGAGAACCAGAUAUUUAUUGACAGAAUCAUGGAAACAAAGGUAAUGCAGCAUGCAUACAAAGUGCUACUAGAGAAGGGAGAGAUAUCUGGAACAGUAAGGGAUUUCAAGCAUGCCUUGUAUGACCUCUGGUUUAAACUAUACAGAAGAACAAAGGGCAUGGAGAAAGGUGAAUGCGAUUCUUCAGGCUUUGAGCAUGUAUUUGUAGGAGAGACGAAGAAUAAGGAAGUUACUGGAUUCCAUAAUUGGAUUCAGUUCUAUCUUGAGGAGAAGAGGGGCAAUGUUGACUACACUGGUUGGAUUCGACCAAGAAGGAGGGGAAAGGGAAAAGCUGUUGCUGAUAACAGCGCUCAGCUGGUCACGCUCCAGUUCAAAUGGAAGGAUACAGUCAAACCAGUGGGUAGUUCCUUCAUCGGUACGAGUCCAGAGUUUGAGAUGGCGCUAUACACCAUACUCUACUUCAUCGGCAAGAAUGGAGCAAACCAAUUGGAGAUCGAGGACUACGAUGUUGAGAUCGUCGUUCACUUCAUGGGUAAUAAAUUGGGUAGUUCGUAUCCCGUAGCUCUGAGUCAGGUUUAGAAGGGCAAACAUGUAUGCUGCCCUCGUUUGAUAAAAAGAAAGCAGGUAAAUAUCAACCAUUGAAACAAAUUCAUAUGAAUUCUUAAAUGAAUUUCAGACUGCAAUACGAAAUUACGACCGAGUUGUCAAUAAAUACUACGUUGAGUUUGAGUAGUCAUGCAUGCAUGGAAUACUGACUGGCCUGAUGGUAUGGCAUGAUAUCAUUCUAUAGUUUGCUUUAUUUUGAUUCAUUGUACAGUCUUCCUAUAAAGUGAUGUCUUUAAAGGUCAAGUCCACCCAAGAAAAACGUUUAUUGGAGAAAUAGAGAAAAAUCAACAUACAUGUAGCAUAACGCUAAAAAUUUCAUCAAAAUCAAAUAUAAAAUAAGAAAGUUAUGACAUUUUAAAGUUUCGCUUAUUUUUCACAAAACAUGUGAAACUGGGAAUGUGUGUAAAUAAUUAUCAGGGAAUUUUUCUUGAAAAGCUGGGAACCCUGUUGUAUAAAACUUUGCCUAGAGUAAGAGCUUGAAUUUGAAAUAUGACAGUAUAAAGAAAAAGACACUCAAAUUUUGAUUGCCACCUGCUCCCUUUUGUCAAAGAUGGGCAGCCAUGUUUGUUUUGAAUUAUAAAACCUUUAGGAUGGGAUGACUAAGGUUUACACUAAAUAUAUUAUAUGUAUCUUAUCAUGUAUGUGGGUCCUUCCAUGAAGUUGGGACACAAAUUGACAUUUCAGCAUACGUAACUCGGUACUAAUUGUACUUUACAUGCAUAUUGUAUCAAGUGUAAUUGCCAUAAUUUGAUUGUUGGACCAAAUGCAUGUAUCCUGAUGCUACAUGGACACUGUGUCCUGGCCAUGUAACGCAGAGCUGCCAACAUUGGGAUGAUAGAAUCCAGUAGAUUUCGCGGAGGUAUGAUUUUGUGAGGGAGCGGCGGAACGUUGUCCCACGGAUGGGAGUUUUGGGUAGCAAAACACAUUAAGAAACAACAUUUGAUAGUAACCGACAGCUGUCUAAACCAUAAAGAUAAAAAAAUAUUCUGAUAGAUUAAAAAAUUAAUGCACAUUAGAGAGAAUUCAUGAUUUGUCAUUGACUAAAUAUACACUUCAGGCAAUACAGUAGAUUUUUUGAAUAAUUCAUAAAAGAAUACAUUCAACAUGAAAAUACCUUUAAUUGGCCAGAGGGGGAAGGGGCUGCAGAAGUGGUAAACAUGGUAAAUGAGCUUUAUACAGUAUGUGGACUGUUUAAAGUCUCUGACUCUGAGGGAUUCCUGUGAAAAUUGUCACACGGUCCCAUUCUGCUUGAAAAUUAUCUUUAUACUUCGACAAGUAUUUUGUCGUCUUGGUCUUGGAUGACUCCAUCUCCAUGAUCUCCAUGGUCACUGGCGAUGCGAUUGUAGUGUGGAUGAAUCGGGAUGGGGCGUGCUUCGCACAGCUCAGCCAGCCAGCGCCAGGCUAGCUCAGUCACGAAAGAGAAAAUGUUCGAAUCCGAUCAACCCAAGUGAAAGUAGGCGAAAAAAUCUCCACUUUGCUUCUAAUUCUUCAGGAUUGUCAAUAAAAUUAUUCCUGAAAUUGAAAGUCGAGGUGUAAAAGUAAUCCACUUGUUAAUCCCAUCGUUGAUCCACAGUUUCAGCUCGAAUAAGGCGCACGCAAGCUUACGAAAAAUCCCUCGCAGUGCUCGUGAACUUUAAUUCUCGGAGCUUCCUGGCGCAGCGCGGCCGGCUGGAGCCGCGCCGGGGCGCAUCGGGGGCCAUGUGCAUGGAGUACCGCUGAAGAGUUUUCAUCACACACAUUGCACAACCCGGAAAUAAAAUGACUUGUUAGACUACUUCACCAGUCGUUCAGUAAAAUUAUCUUCAUUUACAUGGGAAAUCAAUGUACGAUUAUACAAAAACUGGUAGAAGUUACUGGGUAAAAUGAAAAUGUGAUAAGGAGGUUCCACGUGGGUGUUAGGGAGUUGAACAUGCUAGACUCGUUAAACAGUCGUUUGUAUGAAUUUUACAAUUUAACAGCUAAAAAUCCUGAUUAUCCGGGAGAUUUUGGCAUGGGGUCGGGAGAACGGGAGAUUGGAUCGCAAUCCAGUAUUCUCCCGCAGGAUCCGGGAGACUUGGAAGCUCUGGUAACGGCAUUAUACACUGUUUUGCUCAAUAUCUUCAUAAAAAUGAGUACCGUAUUUAUAAACAGCACAAAGUUUCAAGUAAAUGUAUUGUCUAAGUAAGAAAUGUACAGUCUUCAAACAAUGUGUAGUAUAAUUAGUAUUGAGUUAUGCUGAAAUAUCACAACUUCAUGCUAAGACCCAUGUUCAUUGUGCUUCUGACUUCAAAGCAAUGUGGGUCUAGUAACACACACUGGUUUGUGAUUGAUCCCAAAAUAAAACUGACCAAUGAAGGUCAGUGUUGCAUCUCAACUUGUUCAAGAGAUUGGCCAGUAGCAAAUCAGAAAUACUGUUAGAAUUGAUCACAAACCUUGGUGUAAUAGGGUCUUAGUGAUUGAAUUGAUAUUCUUAGUUUUCGAGUAAAGUGACACGGGGAGAAAUCAGAAAAAUAUUUGAAAUAUAUUGAUAUUUGGACCUGACAUUUUUUUUUUACUUAUUCCAAGGGAUAAUUUUACUUUAAGAUCGCCUCCCCUGGAUAUUCAACAAGUUUAUAAUGACUUUCAUGGGCAGUUACCAAUCAUGAUUAUAAUGGACUUUCUGUUCAUGAAAUUGAUAGUUUAUGACAAGAUAUCAUUGGACCAAAUGACUGUUUAAAAACAAUAAUAAUGGACUCAAUUCAUAUAUUGGAAUAACUAGUUUUUGGAAUAAUGAGUAGAUGUAUAUACUGGACAUUGAGUCAUGUCAGAAAAAUGGUUGUAAAGUCGGACCUGUAUACGUGAACAAAAGUGUCUGAAAAAAAAAACAUUAGGCUUUAUAUUCCACUUCAUAUUCCAGCUCAUGAAGUCAUGCAGAACUUAAUAACAGCUUUCUAAAAAAUCAGCUGUUGACUGUAUUCUUGAUAUCAUGUACAUUAAUUUUCAAUAAGUGACUGAAAUCCAAUGCAAACAUUUCUAACUUUCAAAUCUCAACUGAUUCAAAAAAUAAAUUUGUAUUAAAAUUGAUGAUAAUUUGAUGUACAUGUAUUCUCUUUAUGUAUAAUAAUUCAUGGACAUGUAAUUGUAGCAUUUCAAACAAAUACAUAUAUUUCUGUAUUACCUGAUUAUAGUUUUGGGAAUCAUGUAGGUGUAGUUUUUGUCUCGCCUGCAUAGCAGAGCGAGACUAUAGGCGCCGCUUUUCCGACGGCGGCGGCGGCGUCAACAUCAAAUCUUAACCUAAGGUUAAGUUUUUGAAAUGACAUCAUAACUUAGAAAGAAUAUGGACCUAGUUCAUGAAACUUGGACAUAAGGUUAAUCAAGUAUUACUGAACAUCCUGCCUGAGUUUCAGGUCACAUGGCCAAGGUCAAAGGUCAUUUAGGGUCAAUGAACUUAGACCAUGUUGGGAAAAUUAUUUUCAAAAUCUUAACCGAAGGUUAAGUUUUUGAAAUGACAUCAUAACUUAGAAAGUAUAUGAACCUAGUUCAUGAAACUUGGGCAUAAGGUUAAUCAAGUAUUAGUAAACAUCCUGCUCGAGUUUCAGGUCACGUGACCAAGGUCAAAGGUCAUUUAGGGUCAAUGAACUUUGGUCAAGUUGGGGGUAUUUGUUGAAUUACUAUCAUAACUUUGAAAAUUUAUGGAUCUAGUCCAUGAAACUUGGACAUAAGGUUAAUCAAGUAUUAGUGAACAUCCUGCCUGAGUUUCAGGUCACAUGACCAAGGUCAAAGGUCAUUUAGGGUCAAUGAACUUUGGCCAAGUUGGGGGUAUUUGUUGAAUUACCAUCAUAACUUUGAAAAUUUAUGGAUUUAGUUCAUGAAACUUGGACAUUAGGUUAAUCAAGUACCACUGAAUAUCCUGUGCGAGUUUCAGGUCACAUGACCAUGGUCAAUGGUCAUUUAAGGUCAAUGAACUUUGGCCGUGUUGGGGGUAUAUGUUAAAUUACCAUCCUAGCUCUGAAAGUUUAUGGAUCUAGUUCAUAAAACUUGGACAUAAGAGUAAUCAAGUAUCACUGAACAUCCUGUACGAGUUUCAGGUCACAUGACCAUGGUCAAAGGUCAAUGAACUUUGGCCGUGUUGGGGGUAUUUGUUGAAUUCAUAUGUUAAGACUGUUUUACGUCCUUUUGUCUUGCCCUUGGUUACAGGAUCCAUUUCACAGGCCUCUGUAGCUGUACAUUAGGUUCAUUUACAUGACUGGAGUUACGUUGUUUUGUAAAUUCUCAAAUUUUAUAUAGGAAGUGCAAUCAAUUAAUAACGUAUCCAUCUGUUGUACACUCGCAAUCUCUCUUUAUGACAAUCUGUCUUUUUUUUUACUAUCUCAAUUCACCUCGUUGCUUUUCUCCUUCCUCUCUCCCUCUUUCCCUUCAUUUCUCUCUCUUUUAUUUUCGCUCAAUUUCCCUCUUUCUAAUUCCUAUUGUAAUUCUCUCUGUCCUUUGCUUUGAGUAAACAACUUAAGAUGAUGAAACAUAUUAUUUCAUUAUAACAUUUUUAAUCAGGUUAUUACGGGAAAGAAAAAAACGAGUCUUGCCAUUCAGAUGUGAAUUUUUAAUUAAUCUGUACGAUUUUUAUUUUUUAUUUUUUUUUUACAUUUUACAACAAAUGCAUGUACUAUCAGUAUCAAUUUAUUAUUUAAUUUAAUUUAUAUCGUGAUAUAAGUGUAUUUAAGAUGUAGAAUUUGUGUAAAUUCAGUUGUUCUUUGUUUGAUAUUGAUUGUAUUUUUUAUGUAAAUGAUUGUAAAGGGUAAUGCAAUUCGGCUUUUCAGCCGCUAUAGACACCCUUGUUGAAUUAAACCGUUUUUAAAUAAAUAAAUUACCAUCCUAAUUGUGAAAGUUUAUGGAUCUAGUUCAUAAAACUUGGGAUAUAAGAGUAAUCAAGCAUCACUGAACAUCCCCUGUGAGUUUCAGGUCACAAAACCAAGUCAAAGGUCAGUUAAGGUCAAUAAACUUAGGCCAUGUUGGGGUAAUUGUUGAAGUGCCAUCUUAACUUUGAAAGUUUAUGGAUAGAGUGAAUGAAAUGUAGACAUGGGUGUAGUUGACAGUCUUAAGUCUCCGUUCAAAUGUCAUUUAUGGUCAAUGAACGUGGUAUUAUGUCAUUAUAUGAAUGAUGUUUUUGUGAAUGAUUAUUUUAUAGUAGUUUUCAAAGUUAGCACUGCUGCUAUAUUAAAUUGCGUAAUGCAGGCGAGACUGCCAGAGGCGUUCCACUUGUUUACAACAAAGAAGCAAUAUGAUGAUGAUAAACAAUGAGUUGCAACCUCAAAUGAGGCUGCUAAGGUGGCUAUAUAUAUACACAUGUGUACUUGCCAGAAAUCCUGCAUUUGAAAUUAUCUUGAGAUAUGAAAGGUUAUGAAACCCAUUCACUUUGCACGCGAUUCAGGAUUUGAUGAAAAAAGCUGCAUUUUGAGGUCUUCACAUGAAAUGCCCAAAAUUCAUUAUUUUUCCACCAUUUUGAGUCAGAUUUUUUAAUGAAUAUCUUUCUAUGUAUUGCAUGUGUAUAGUCUGUGGUCGUAGCGUAUCUUCUUUUACGAGAAUCGUGCAGAUACGCAUUUAUGCGCAGACAAGGGGAACUGUGCAGACUUGCCAUAAUGUUUCUCUAUAUCAGGGUUCUACAUGUACAUGUAUAUCUAUGCAACAUGAACACAGUACAAGCAUGUACCGACAUCAUGUAUACCUAAGGCAUGCUAAGUCACAUGCAUUAAUUAUGCAUCUCACCAGGGGCCUGUUCCAUAAAAUUUUGUACCUGAGAAAACUCUGGUAAAAACCGAAAACUAAGGUUAGUCUUAUUUCUGCCAUUGACUUUAACACAGGGCAAAAACUCUGGUAAAAACUACCUGCGUUUUCUCAGGUAAAAAGUUUUUGUGCAACGGGCCCCAGAAGUCUUUGUAAACAGCUAUUGAGCAUUGUUGGUCUUUGAUUUGGAAUAUCAGGGUCCUGUCGUACGUAUACAAAGGAGUACGACAGGUUUGUUGGAUCAAAGACACUCCAUGAUAGGGCCCAAAUCUACCUCUAAACACAUCAUUAUUAUUAUUAUAAUGGUCAAAGGGGGGGGAAUGGAUAUAAAUAACUUAUACAUGCAGAUGAAUGAGAGAAGUCAUUUAUUUCUUUAUAUUAUAGUGGUGCAGGGUAUUAUAUGUAUAGUUUAGUCAUAUAAUGCAAUAACAUUUAAAAUUGUGAAAUGAAAUUUAGUUUUCUAUUAAAAUGUAAUGACUUGUCUGGUAUUCGAUCAUGAAAUGAUGUAAUUAAUAAAUUUCACGUAAGUUUUUGAGAAAUACGAA